CCGCGCCUGAUCGCGACCAUCUCACCCCGGAAGGGAGUCCUCAAACUUGCAGGCUUCGGACGGGACUGGCUCAAAGUUGUUGCAGCGGUUUACGCCGCGUGCGGAGAACCGUGGCUGCCUCCGAGGCUCGGACGCUUCCGAGUGAGCACACCCGAGAGACACCCAUUAGGGAAAGGGCUGGACCCGAGCAGAGCCGGGGCUGAGCCCAGGCCAGAGCCCGAGCAGGACCGGAGCAGAGCUGGGGCUGUGGAGGCGCGGCCCGCUCCCAGGCGGCCUCCCGGAGAGGCUUGGACUUGGCAGCACGGGAGCCGGCGCUGGGAGCUCCUACCCCACCCCCACCCCCACCCCACCCCCAUCCACCCCACCCCAGGCACACGCGGCCUGCGGGUGACUGCCCCCGCCAGCACCACCCCCCACCCCACCCCCGGCGGUGCGAAGGGAGAGAGGGCAGAGCGACAGGAAGCCCAGCGGAGGCCGGGGCGCUGAGCCCAGGGUCCCGGAGAGGCCCGGUCCUCUCUGGGACCCCGCGGCCGGGGCGGCCCAGUUGGGGGCAGGGGAGGAGCGCGGCGGGUGGUGCAGGCCGAGGCGGCGGCGGCGGCGGCGGCGGCGAGCGGGCGAGGCGCCUUUAAGGCUCUCCCCGCCCACCGGCGGCGCCGGCCUCCGCCCGCCGCUCUCCCCGCCCCGGGGUCCCGGCGAGAGCUGCGAUUGGGCGAGCGCGGCGAUCCCUUUGAAGUGUGGCUGCCGAUCGCGGCUAUUUGACGUGCGGCUCGCGGAAGGCGAAGGUUUUUGUGUUGCUCGCCCGAGCUGGCGGCGGCGUCGGCGUCGGCGUCGGUGGAGGAGGGGUGGAGGCGCAGCGACCGCUGCACCGCGCUCGGCGCUGCGGAGCGAGCCCACCCGCCCCGGGAGCUCGCCUCCCGGUGCCCCCCCUCCCUCCCCGCCCCCCCCAGUGGCGCUGCCUCCUCCAAAUGAGCGAUUCGCCCGCUGGAUCUAACCCAAGGACACCCGAAAGCAGCGGCAGCGGCAUUGGCGGCGGCGGCGGCGGCGGGAAGAGGCCGGCGGUGCCGGCGGCAGUGUCCCUCUUGCCCCCGGCGGACCCCCUGCGCCAGGCGAACCGGCUCCCUAUCAGGGUCCUGAAGAUGCUGAGCGCUCACACCGGCCACCUCCUGCACCCGGAGUACCUGCAGCCGCUGUCCUCCACUCCCGUCAGCCCCAUUGAGCUGGACGCCAAGAAGAGUCCUUUGGCGUUGCUGGCCCAGACUUGCUCGCAGAUCGGCAAGCCGGACCCGCCGCCCUCGUCCAAGCUCAACUCUGUAGCGGCGGCCAACGGGCUGGGAGCGGAGAAGGACCCCGGCCGCUCGGCCUCGGGCGCCGCCUCCGCGUCUGCGGCGCUCAAGCAGCUGGGGGACUCCCCGGCCGAGGACAAGUCCAGCUUCAAGCCCUACUCCAAGGGCUCCGGAGGCGGCGACUCCCGCAAAGACAGCGGCUCCUCCUCGGUGUCCUCCACCUCCUCCUCCUCCUCCUUGUCCCCCGGAGACAAGGCGGGCUUCAGGGUCCCCAGCGCCGCCUGCACGCCCUUUCCCCCUCAUGGAGCGCCGGUCUCCGCGUCGUCGUCCUCGUCCUCCCCCGGCGGCUCCCGGGGCGGCUCCCCGCACCACUCUGACUGCAAGACCGGCGGCGGCGGCGGCGGCGGGGAGCUGGACAAGAAAGACCAGGAGUCCAAGCCCAGCCCGGAGCCCGCGGCCCUGAGCCGCGGCAGUGGUGGGGAGACCGGCGCGCACGGCGGCGGCGGCGGCACCGAGGCCGGGGCCUCCGGGCGCAAGUCAGAGCCGCCCUCCGCGCUGGUGGGAGCCGGCCACGUGGCGCCGGUGUCGCCCUACAAGCCGGGCCACUCGGUGUUCCCGCUGCCACCCUCCAGCAUCGGCUACCACGGCUCCAUCGUGGGCGCCUACGCCGGCUACCCGUCCCAGUUCGUGCCUGGCCUGGAUCCCAGCAAGUCCGGCCUCGUGGGAGGCCAGCUGUCGGGGGGCCUGGGCCUGCCGCCGGGCAAGCCCCCCAGCUCCAGCCCGCUCACCGGGGCCUCCCCGCCGUCCUUCCUGCAGGGAUUAUGCCGAGACCCCUACUGCCUGGGAGGUUACCACGGCGCCUCGCACCUCGGCGGCUCCAGCUGCUCCACCUGCAGCGCGCACGACCCGGCCGGGCCCGGCCUGAAGGCGGGCGGCUACCCGCUGGUGUACCCCGGGCACCCGCUGCAGCCCGCCGCGCUCUCAUCCAGCGCCGCGCAGGCCGCGCUCCCCGGCCACCCGCUCUACACCUACGGCUUCAUGCUGCAGAACGAACCGCUGCCGCACAGCUGCAACUGGGUGGCAGCCAGCGGGCCCUGCGACAAGCGCUUCGCCACCUCGGAGGAGCUGCUCAGCCACCUACGGACCCACACGGCCCUGCCCGGCGCCGAGAAACUUCUGGCCGCCUACCCAGGGGCCUCGGGCCUGGGCAGCGCCGCGGCGGCCGCAGCCGCCGCCUCGUGUCAUCUGCACCUCCCCCCGCCCACCGCCCCCGGCAGCCCCGGGUCGCUGUCCUUGCGGAGUCCACACACUUUGGGGCUAAGCCGGUACCACCCCUACGGCAAGAGCCACUUAUCCACAGCCGGGGGCCUGGCCGUGCCGUCCCUCCCCACAGCCGGACCCUACUACUCACCAUACGCGCUGUACGGACAGAGACUGGCCUCAGCCUCCGCGCUCGGAUACCAGUAACUACAGCCCUGCCUCCCUCCCCAGCCUCCUCUCCUCCCCCCUCCGCCUCCCUUCCCCACCCGCCUCCGCUGCAGCCUCCACUACCGCUUGGCCCUGCCGGACCUCCCCCACCCAGAGCCCCCCUCCCCACCGGACUGUGUAUUUAUUUACUAUAAUGUUAGCUUACAAGCUGGGAAUAUAAGUGCAUUAACGGCCCACACGAGUCAAUGGUAUGCAAAGAGUCUGCCCCCCCAAAUAAUAAUAUUAAUCACACAAGUAACUACAUGUCCCCCGUCCCUCUUCCUUUUUUUUCCGUUUUUCUUCUUUUUCUUAGAUGUAAGUUUUCAAUUUUUUUCCUUUUGAGCUUUUUUUUUUUGAUUUGGUUUUGGUUUUAUGGGGAGGAGGGAGAGUUCGGGGUUCUUUUUGUUUUCCCUUCCCGGGGACUUUCUUGCAUGCUUCUUAACUGUUCAAACUACAUUUCCUCCUCUUUUACCCCUCUCUUUCCCCUUCAUUCCUUCUUGUUUCCGUCCAUUUGAGAUUCCGUUUUUGUUUUGUUUUUCCUUUGUACAAGUAACAGAGGA